AUGCCUUCUCGUCAACAAAGCCCUACUUCUUCAGCUACUUCAGGCUCUUCCAGCAAAAAAGCAGGCCACCAGAGGAAUCCUAUGGCCUGUACCAAUUGUCGCGCUAGAAAGAUAAAGUGCGAUUCGAACAAGCGUUACCCUGACCAUCCUUGUCAGCGAUGUGUCAAUAGAAAAUUGGUCUGUGAGUAUGUGGCCAUCGCCCACACUCCUUCCAACGAUACGAGAAGUCGUUCCGGGUCUUUCGGUUCCGCAGUCUAUCCUUCCCCUUUACUUCACGAUUCCAACGGGAAAUCGCAUGCUAUAAACCAUUCUCCUCACAUGCAAACCAGAUACUCACCUCUCUCAACCUCCCUCCAUUCACGGAGUUCGUCACGGUCCGAUCCAUACGCCACUUCGUUUGAUGCUUCCCAAUAUCCCUCUUCGAAUAGUUCCUACUCCGAUUCAUCGUCGGGCGUGGAGAGCCAUCUUUCUUCGCCUUUAUACGGCUUAUACAGCUCCUCAACUAAUUAUGGCGACUCCAUGAUGCAUACUGGGUCCCACAUGAACCAGAUGCCCAACAUUGCCAUGUCUUCUACGCCACAAUAUGGCCAUUUCAGCUCCGGAAUGCCGGGGAUGGUGUUGAACCCACUACCUGACCAAAAUCAUUACUUCAAUCGAGAUCCAAGCUAUGCUGACUGGAACAUGGCUUCAAACGCUUCUCAGGGGCAUUACGGCGCGGGGGAAUGUCUAUGCCCAGGAAUGCAGUGCACAUGCGGAAAUCGCAGGUACUAUUAA